CAGGCGCAAUCGGUGUGUAGUGACAUUCCAAACAAAUGCAAAUCUUGACGUUGUUGGUCUCACACUAUCACCGGGAAAGAUGAUGCUCUCACGCAUGAAGCCGGCCAUGGGGCCGGGGGCCGCAUCAGGAGGAAAGGAGCAGAAGAAAAAGAAGAAAUUUCCAAAGUUAGACGAGUUCUUGUCAGCGCGAGAUUACACCGGAGCUAUCACUCUGCUAGAGUUUAGUCGUAACAGUGGAAAGGGAAAUGAAGAAGUAGACAUGUGGAUUGCCUACUGUGCCUUCCACCUGGGAGACUACAAACGAUCUAUGGAGGAAUACGAGAGGCUGUCCAAGAGGGAUGGCUGUCAUCCUGACAUCUUUGCCUUCCUAGCCUGCUGCUACUUCUUCCUAGGGAUGUAUUCCGAUGCUGACACAGCUGUAGCACGAUCUCCCAAGACUCGCCUUCAGAACCGCCUGCAGUUCCACCUGUCUCACAAGUUCAAUGAUGAGCGCCGGUUGAUGGGCCACCACCAGGCCCUGCAGGAUAUCAUCGAGGACCAGCUGUCCCUCGCCUCCAUCCACUACCUUCGCUCACACUACCAAGAGGCCAUCGACAUCUACAAGCGCAUCCUGCUGGAUAAUCGAGACUUCCUGGCACUGAAUGUGUACGUGGCGCUGUGUUACUACAAGCUGGACUACUACGAUGUGUCACAGGAAGUGUUGGCAGUCUACCUUCAGCAGUUUCCAGACAGCGCCAUCGCUCUCAAUCUGAAAGCUUGCAACCACUUCCGUCUGUACAAUGGCAAGGCUGCAGAGGCUGAACUAAAGGCUCUGCAAGAGAUGUCGUCACCGUCCUUCACCUUCGCCCGGGACCUCAUCAAGCAUAAUCUGGUGGUGUUCCGUGGUGGUGAGGGGGCUCUCCAGGUGUUACCUCCACUGAUAGAUGUCAUCCCUGAAGCUCGUCUCAAUCUGGUGAUAUACUACCUCAAGCAGGAUGAUGUGGCUGAAGCGUACAACCUGAUCCGAGACCUGGAACCCACCACACCCCAGGAGUACAUUCUCAAGGGAGUCGUGAAUGCUGCUCUCGGACAGGAGCAGGGCUCAAGAGAGCACUUGAAAAUAGCACAGCAGUAUUUUCAGCUGGUGGGAGGAUCAGCCAGUGAAUGUGAUACCAUCCCCGGGCGUCAAUGCAUGUCGGAGUGCUUCUUCCUUCUCAAGCAGUUUGAAGAUGUGUUGAUCUAUCUCAACUCCAUUAAGAGCUACUUCUACAAUGACGACAUGUUUAACUUCAACUACGCUCAAGCCAAGGCAGCCGUGGGCAACUUCAAGGAGGCAGAGGAGAUCUUCAUGCUGAUACAGAGCGACAAGGUGAAGAAUGACUACAUCUACCUCAGCUGGCUGGCCCGAUGUUAUAUUAUGAACCACAAGGCCAGGUUGGCCUGGGAGCUGUACUUGAAGAUGGAGACGUCGGGGGAGUCAUUCAGCCUGCUGCAGCUCAUUGCUAAUGACUGCUACAAGAUGGGACAGUUCUACUAUGCAGCUAAAGCGUUUGAUGUUCUGGAACGCCUGGACCCCAACCCUGAGUACUGGGAGGGCAAGCGAGGCGCCUGUGUCGGCGUGUUCCAGAUGAUCAUUGCCGGACAUGAGCAGAGGGAGAUGCUGCGUGAUGUCAUCAACAUGCUGCGUAAUACCAGCAACCCACAGGUGGAGUACAUCAUCAGGACCAUGAAGAAGUGGGCCAAGGAGAACCUGGUUCCUCUGCCCUGAGAGUGUCACAUCCCUGUAUAAUAAAGGAGAACCUGGUUCCUUUGCCUUCAGCAUCUCACAUCCCCAUAUAAGCCAAGGAGAACCUGGUUCCUCUGCCUUAGGCAUCUCACAUCCCCGUAUAAGAACCUGGUUCCUCUGCCCUGAGUCUCACAUCCCUGUAAAGGCCAAGGAGAACCUGGUUCCUCUGCCCUGAGUCUCACAUCCCUGUAUAGGCCAAGGAGAACCUGGUUCCUCUGCCUUAAGCAUCUCACAUCCCUGUGUAAGCCAAGGAGAACCUGGUUCCUCUGCCUUGAGCAUCUCACAUCCCCGUAUAAGAACCUGGUUCCUCUGCCCUGAGUCUCACAUCCCUGUAAAGGCCAAGGAGAACCUGGUUCCUCUGCCCUGAGUCUCACAUCCCUGUAUAGGCCAAGGAGAACCUGGUUCCUCUGCCUUAAGCAUCUCACAUCCCUGUGUAAGCCAAGGAGAACCUGGUUCCUCUGCCUUGAGCAUCUCACAUCCCCGUAUAAGAACCUGAUUCCUCUGCCCUGAGUCUCACAUCCCUGUAAAGGCCAAGGAGACCUUGGUUUCUCUGCCCUGAGUGUCACAUCCCUGUAUAAUCCAGGAGAACCUGGUUCCUCUGCCCUGAGUCCCACAUCCCUCUAAAGUCCAAGGAGACCCUGGUUCCUCUGCCCUGAGUGUCACAUCCCUGUAUAAUCCAGGAGAACCUGGUUCCUCCGCCCUGAGUGUCACAUCCCUGUAAAGGCCAAGGAGACCCUGGUUCCUCUGCCCUGAGAGUCACAUCCCUGUAUAGGCCAAGGAGAACCUGGUUUCUCAGCCUUGAGCAUCUUGCAUCCCUGUAUAGUCAUCAUGACCAUUGACAUACAUGUUCAUCGAGAUCUCCAUCAGAGUUCUGCCCUUACACUGGUCCACUAGGUGACAAUACUUCGGGAAGAUGUUCCACAAGUACACAGUGCAACUGUCAUAAGUCUAUGUUUAAGUGCGGGCUAACAGUAGUUUCUAGGUUUGUUUUGAGAAAAGAGGCACAGGAUCACUAAUUUACAAUCAGGUUAGAGCUUACAUCGCUUGUGGUAAAUAUAAAGUCUCAGUCAGCUUUAGAACUAAAGUCAAAUGCUUUACUAGCCCAGUUAAAGAUAAAAUGCCCUUGUAAUGUUAAAACAUUGGUGAAAUGGGAAAAUUUGUGCUAGGCCCAGGUUAGUGGGCUAGUGUUAAGUUCUACACCUAUCAGUCACUUAUGUUGUUGUAUUAUUUUAAUCUCCUCAAUAAAGGACAAACUGGCUGAAUAGUUUCAUUGAAAGCUUAGGGAAAUCGUCUUAAAUAAUUGUUUACUAUUGCACUGGUCUGGUUUGCGCCCUUAAGGGUUAUAUUGGUCUAACCCUGAAAAACAAAUCCAACAUGCCAUGGUCCUUUUGUGUCUCAUUUGUUACAACUAUUUGAGUUUAAAUAUUGAAACUAAUCUUAGCCCUAAGUAAUCCAAUACGUUUCCUUAUGAAGCUGAUUUUCUAUUUCCUGGCUCACAUAAAAAAAUUUCACAUCUUUAAACCUCUGUCCCACUUACACAGCAUCAUGAAUACAUACUACUCAAAAGAAGUUAAAGAACUCUCAUUCAUAUUACUAUAGUUAAUCUAUCAUGGCUGGUGGGUACACACAGCUUUUCUAGGUGUUCUUUAACUUGUUUUGAGGAGUAUAUUAUAUUAUAUAGAUGUAUGUCUAUUAUAGUGUUUUUCAUUAAACACAGAGCCAAAUUAUCAUUUGACGUGAUCAGCUUAUUUGCAGUCUAAUGUGAAGCAAGAGACUUGGCCCAUUGUCAUGAUGUUGCAAGUUAAUCAUGAUAGGGCUGUUUUGCCGACCAUAAUGCUGAUUCAUUUGUGACAGGGAAGUAUCCUGAUUUCCUACCAGGAUCCAGGCUUAUCUGAUGUUAAGUCUUAUCAUCUAGUUACAUUACACAAGGAAGGAUGUAAGGUUCUGUUGUAUAUUUAUUUUAAUGCAUAAUGCCAUUUCUAAAUGUGUACAUAAAUUGUUAAUACUUUGUACAAAUAAAAUGGAAGUUUUGAAUAUGUGCUUAAGUCAUGUCUUUUCACAGUGAUAUUCGUCCAACUGUACCCUUUGUUAAUCUGCACAUUCCAAGAUUUUGUGCAUGAUGCGUUGUCAGAAGUGUUAUUUAUAUAAAUAAAUGUUUGGAAUAGA